AUGACUCAGAAAAACCCAAAACCCCGCCAGAGAGAUCGGGAAUCAGAGACUGACUCAGACUCUGAACAACUCAAAAUUCGCAGAGAAAAGAAGCAAAGAAGACCAGACAGACAGACAGAUAGAAUGAAGAAUAUACCUCUGCUUUUGAUGGGAUGUGGAGGGGUUGGUCGCCAACUUCUCCAACACAUUGUCUCCUGCCGAUCCCUUCAUGCCCAACAGGGAGUCCAUUUGAGAGUAGUUGGAGUUUGUGACAGUAAAUCGUUAGUUGUUGCACCUGAUGUGAUUACAAGAGAGUUAAAUGAUCAAACUUUAUCCGAAGUUUGCCGGGUCAAGUCGAAUGGUUCAUCUCUUUCAGCACUAGGCGAUUUGGGUUUGGCCUUGGUAGAUUGUUCUGCUAGUUCUGAGACCAUUGGAGUGCUAAAUCAAGUUGUUGAUAUGGGAUGCUGCAUUGUCCUGGCAAAUAAGAAGCCUCUUACUUCUACAAUGGAAGAUUAUGACAAAUUGGUCUCUUAUCCGCGUCGUCUCCGGCAUGAGUCAACUGUUGGUGCUGGCCUUCCUGUUAUGGCAUCCUUAAAUCGAAUACUUUCAUCAGGGGACCCUGUCCAUCGCAUAAUUGGGAGUUUGAGUGGUACCUAUUUUCGCAAGGCUUUGAUUCAAUGUACAUUGGGAUAUGUAAUGAGUGAGGUUGAGGAUGGAAAGCCAUUGAGUGAUGUUGUGAAAGCUGCUAAAAAUCUUGGAUUCACUGAACCAGAUCCACGUGAUGACCUCAGCGGGAUGGAUGUUGCAAGGAAGGGUUUAAUUCUUGCGCGACUUCUUGGGAGAAGAAUUAACUUGGAUACCAUUAAAAUUGAGAGCUUGUACCCUGAUGAAAUGGGACCUGACAAGAUGUCUGUUGAGGAAUUUUUGGGUAGUGGUGUUGUAUCGCUUGACAAUGAUGUCCAAGAAAGAGUUAAAAAGGCUUCGUUAAAUGGCAAUGUGCUUCGUUAUGUUUGCGUAAUUGAAGGCUCAAGGUGUGAAGUUGGCAUUCAAGAGCUCCCUAAGGAUUCUCCUUUGGGUAGAUUGAGAGGCAGUGACAAUGUGCUGGAGAUAUACAGCCGAUGUUACAACAAACAACCUUUGGUUAUUCAAGGUGCUGGAGCAGGCAAUGAUACCACAGCAGCUGGUGUACUUGCUGAUAUCCUGGAUAUUCAGGAUUUAUUUCCUUCAGAAGAGUAG